ACGCUUCAUUAGUCGUUGUCAGAGUUUGACUUUAAAAUCAACUUCAAAUCGAUUCACACAGAAAUUAUAGUUAUUUGUUGUCGCUUCGUUUUUUUUGGUGUUAAUUCGAAUGACAUGAGGUCGUAUGACUCUCCAAAUUAUUCAAUAAUCAGUAGUUGUUGUGAAUUGGAAUGAAAAACCUGGAAAUUGAAGACAGAAAAGCGAUUUAUAUACCAACACAUACAUAAAUGCUCCGCAGUGUACAUCAUUCAACUCACCAUGGAGGUCCUUAAUCCCGAUUGCUUGCGGGAAAUUGCCGCCCAGCUAAGUCUCAAAGACCAAAUAGCCAUGCUGCAGGUGAAUAGAUAUUUCGAAGAAACAAUUCUCUCUCUGUGGGCCAGCAAGUACAAAAACAAUAAAAUCUAUUUCCUGGAAAGAGAACUCAAUGACAAAGAAUUGGAAAUCUUCUUCAGUGCCAUUAGUCCGAUUGCCGAAUCAUUCGAGUUGCGUUUUCUGGAUGAACACAAAUAUGGAAUAUUAAAGAAGUUCAUCUAUCCCCGUGUGCGUUCAGUACGCCUCACAAUACAUCCCUGUUUUAUGAAAGAUGAAGAUAUUCUCGAUUUGAAUCGCAUGUUUCCCAAUCUGCAGGUGUUCAGUCCCCACGGCAAUUUGAGUGGAAAGUACCUGGAUUCAUGGUCGAAUUUGAAGGAAUUGAAUCUCUGCUAUUGUUACAAAUUGGAAUUGGAACAUUUCCACAAUAUUAUGCGUAAUUUGCAUUUGGAACAUUUGGACUUGAACAUGUUCCCUCUGAGUAAACAAUACGAACAGUUGGAUUUGAAGCAAGCCCAUUUGGAGAGUUUGAAAUAUUUACGCCUGAAUACCUAUGAAUUUUAUUAUUUCCUCUCCAAACCCCUGCCCCAGUUGAAACAUCUUUACAUCACGAAUCAAUAUAAUCCACGACAGCUAUUCGAUGUCAUACUCUCGGUGUGGAAAGCCAAGGAUAUCCUCAAGGUGGAGGCGAAUGUCAAAAAUGUCCUGGCAAAUUGUCUGGAGAUGCGCAUGAAUGUCCAUGAGCUGUGCAUCAUAAAUGAUGAUAAUGUCCUGCCCAUUAAUGUUGUAAAGUCUCUGCAUCUGUUGGAUGAGUUGAGAAUAUUGCGUUUUAAAAGUUGCGAUUUCACCACAGUGGAUGUGGGGGAACUUCUACAGAAUAUACCCCAGGUGGAGGAAAUUUCAUUGGAAAGCUGUCGCCUGCCGGAUCAGAAUAUACACUUGAAUGCAGCACUCUUAGGUGCUGGGCGAAGCACACCAUUGAGACUGAAUUUUUGGCAAAAUUUCUCCAGAAGAUCAAGGAAUUCCUCACCCGAGGGUGAGGGUCAACCGAGAUCGAAUUCCCCAAAAACCUGUGAUGUGGUUCUGAAAGGCCAUCAUGAAAUGUUUGAAUUUACCGAGAAGCCGGGUUCUGAUCUAUGUUUUGAGCCACUUUAUGUACAACUCCGUUAGGUAUUAAAAAAUACUGAAUUGAAAAUAUUAAA